AUCCCGGAAGCGUGGAGCAUACUAGUAGCGCUGGGACAGUGAACCACUUUUGAGCUUUUUAAGUAUUGGUUUGUUUGUUGUAACUUCUCGGAAGAAUGAAAACACGGGAUCCACCUCCGCCCGUUCACGUGCACGUACCGGAGACGACCCCUGUGCACGUGCACAUGAGGAGGAGUCCCAGCAGGACCCCGCAGAAUAGGACAAAAGAUGCCCAGCUGAGGGCAGAUGGAGGGAGGCCAAAGGUGCGGACGCCGUGGAUUCCUCCUGGAAGACUCUCCUGCAGAAGAGACGUGGACUCGUACAAGUGUCAGAGAAGCAGAGCGGAGCGGGGAGUCGGACGUCAACGUGAUGACGAGGAGGAGGAGGAGCGUGAGGAAGAGUCCACAAACCUCAGCGUCCUCCUCAGAGAGCAAGAGAGCCGGCGCCAUCUGCAGAAGUCGGAUUCUCGGGGUCAACCCAGAGACACAGACGUGCUUCUGAGGGCGCUCGUGGAAACCGAAAUUGACGGCGUAGCGGUAGCCAAUCAGCUGUCGGGCCUGAAGGACACCAUCGACAGCCUUGCUAAGGACAAGCGCCUGUCAAAGCUGCACGCGGCGUCUCUGGGGCGGCAGCAGGAGUCGCUGCUGGAGAAGAUCGAGAUGUUUGACGUCACGAACCGGAGCCUUCGAGAGCUCCUCAGAGAGUGGAGCGAACACGAGAGGGAAUCUCUGGUGUGGUGGGAGCAGAAAGACGCCCUAAAGGAGAGAUUGACCGACAGGGAAGCGGAGAACAUACGACUCUCGGCUAAACUCGCCAGCAUGGAGAACGAGGCCUCGAUGCUCGCCGCGCGUCUGGACUUUGAAAAGGACACGGUGAAGACGACGGAGGAGCUUUCCAGAGUCCUGCGGUCGACCCGCGGACACCUGGAAUCUGAGCUGAGCAGAACCGAAGAGGAAAAGGUCCACCUGGCCGCUCAGAUUCAGAGGAUGCAGCAGAGCCACCAGCAGCAGCAGGUGCAGCUGCUCACUCUGCAGGAGGAGCUGCAGGCCGUGAGGCUGCGGGGGGAGGAGGAGGAGGAGGAGGAGGGCCGGCACCACCAGGAGGCGCUGACCCAGCAGGCCGAGCGAGCCACAGAGUCCGCCAGGCAGCUCGCGGCAAAACUGCAGGAGAAGGAGUCCCAGUUGGCCCAGACCCGGUCCACAUCCAGCGACUGGUGCCUCCGCCACUCCCAGGAGGCCGCGGCCAGAGGCCAGCUGGAGGAGCACAGCGCCGCCCUCAAGCUUCAGGUGACCGAGCUGACCGCUCAGCUUCAUUCGGCGGAGGGGAGGAGUCGGGCGGAGAGGGAGGAGCUCCGGGAUCACCUCCGUCACCUCGGUGCUGAAAACGCCUCCACGAAGCUGGACAACCAAAGACUCAGGGCUCAGUGGACGUCCUCCGAGGAGAAGCUCCUCCAGCUGCAGUCUGAAGCCCGGCGGCUGAAAUCGUCGAUUAAAAAACACGAAAGCCAGGCGGAGAAAUACAAGAAGAAGCUCCAGCAGGUCCGCCUGGAGUCGGAGGAGCACCGCCUGAAGCUGGAGGAGGCGCGGGAGGAGGCGCGGGAGGCGAAGGCCAGCCUGCAGGUGGAGGCGGAGCAGGUGAGGAGGGAGCUGCUGGGCCGGCUGCGGGAGCUGGAGGCGCUGCCCGACCGGCUGAGGAGGGCGGAGCAGCAGCUCCGAGGCGCCCGGCAGGAGGCCGACGCCCACGAGAGGAGGAACGUGGAGCGCAACGCGGCCCUCGCCGAGGUCCGGCACAAGGUGGAACAGCAAGGCUCUCAGCUGGAGACGUUCCAGCAGAGGAACCUGCUGCUGCAGGAGGAGAACAACGUUCUCAAGGAAAAAAUACACAACUUGGAGAGGGCGCUGGAGGACACGAGGCUGGAAAACGAAGGCCUGUCUCAGGCUCUCCUGUCCAAAGAGGCCACGAUGCUCAGCCUCCAGCAGCAGCUGGAGGAGAAGACGCGCGAGUGCAGCGUCGCGUCCAGACAGCUGCAACAAACUCUGGACGACGCACAGAGACAGGUGGACGGCAGCAUGCACAGGGUUUUGGCCAAAGAGAGAGCGUCUCAGUCGAAAGCCUCGGACCUGCAGAGCCAGCUGAGCCGAGCCCAGACGGAGCAGAGUCGGCUCCGGCGGAGCAAGGAGGAGAUGGAGCGUCGCUUCCAGAGUCAGCUGCAGAACAUGAAGGACAGGCUGGAGCAGUCGGACUCCACGAACCGCAGCCUGCAGAACUACGUUCACUUUCUCAAAACCUCGUACGGAAACGUGUUUGGUGACUCGCUGCUCGCCAGCUGAGCAGCUACAUGACAUCUAUUCAGACUUUUAUACCAUGUGACAUCAAUAAAAACGUCACAUUAGAGUUGCCUGACAUUUAUUUAAAUGCUCUUGUAUAAAUAAUUACCUGCAUAACUCUUGAUUCAGAUGGCAUUUUCUUCAAAUCUUCCAUCUUUCAUGUCAAUUCAAAACGUUCUUUUUUUACCUUUUGACAAAUGUAUAAUUGUGGUUCUGAUAAAAAAACACACAAAAUAAACGCUCUAGUUUUAGUUCCCGUGAAUAAUAUUGAAAAGCAGUCUCACAUCUGAUUUCUGUUUGAAUUAGAAAUACUACCUCAAUAAAAAUAUGACUUAUGCCAA